AUGAGCGACACCCACACACCAUCGACUGGAUUGCAAGGGGGCAUAGAAGAAGGUUGGAUUCCCUCUGAUAUACUCAGUCAUAUGGCUCAACGUCAGAUCCACAAAGAGAAUACUAAAGGUAAAUUCAAAGCUCAUUCACAAUUAGCGAAUUCUGGCGAAGAAUAUUGCAGAACGAGAAAACACUUUGGGUAUAAAAAGGACGCCCCGGAAGGGAGUCAAGGGCGUCUCUCAGGGGACUCUGGAGGUACUUCAGAUGGAAAUGGCGAUCAGACUUCUCAACUUCCUUCCUUUGAACUCCGUUGCACUCUCAAUUUCACCGGCCUUACUAGACCUUUUCCUGAUAAGUCUGAUUUGAACCAAGUUACCCUUUCACCUCCUUUGGGAAAUCAAUAUGCGGUCUAA